AUGGAUCAAUCCAUAUUUCGCAUCACGAAGGAGCUCAGCGACCUUCAACGAAACUCCGACUUGUCUCUCGCUGUUGCCUGUCGUGAUAUCGAUGUCCGAAACGUCAAGGCCUUAAUCAUUGGGCCCCACGACACGCCGUAUGAAUUUGGGUUUUUCGAGUUUCUGUUCAAAAUCGGCAAAGACUAUCCCCGGAAGUCACCGACCGUAACAGCGAUCACAACAAAUGGAGGCCGCUGCAGAUUCAACCCAAACAUUUAUGCUAAUGGCAAGGUCUGCUUGUCGAUCUUAGGAACAUGGCGUGGCGAGCGUGGAGAGGAAUGGUCUGCAGCCCAGGGUCUUGAAUCCAUUCUUCUGUCCAUUCAAAGCCUGAUGUCUCCAAACCCGUACGAAAACGAGCCUGGUUUCGAAGAUGCCAACGAGCCUUCCGAUAAGAGGAAUCAGAAGAACUAUAUACAGAAGAUUCGCCAUGAAACUCUCCGAAUCUCCGUUAUCCAGCGCCUCGAGGAGUAUCUGGGGAUUGGACCCGACGGUCAGGCCCUUCCUCAAAACAACUCAAAGGAGGAAUACGAUCUCGAUAUGGAUGCCAUUGAGGAUGACAGAAACGUACCAUUUGAACCGUUCAAGGAUCUGUGCAAACGUCGGUUUUUGUGGUACUUUGACUCGUACCUCGAGGCUGUCAAAAAGGGUAAGCAAGAGGUUCAAGAUGGCGAACCUUUUGCCCGCAUGCCAUUCGAGGGCCCAAGCAAUACAAUGGAGGGUAAAUUCAACUACACGGAACUCGAACGCCGCCUACACAGUAUCAAGAGGGCCCUCGAUGCUGAAACCGAAUCAUGGGCUGCCGAGGGUCUGGUGGCGAAAGCAAAGGAAACGACAGUUGCAGUCAACCUUCAGCGACAGUAUGAACAGGUUGUUGAGUCAUUCCGUCAGUCUGAUCUGCCGCAUAGCGUCGAACUGUUAGACGGCAAUCCGUUUGUCUGGAUCUUGACCUACUUUGGCAAGCCGAUGACCAACUUGGAUGGAGGCCUAUUCAAAAUCCGGAUUUCCUUCAGCCCUAGGUUUCCUGAGGAGCAGCCUCGCAUUCGAUUCGAGACUCGCCUCUUUCAUCACAGAAUUGCCUCGGAUGGAACUCCUUGCUAUGUUCCGCCCACAAAUCGUCGUGAAGAUGUCAAAGCCCACAUCGAAGCGGUUAUCGAUUCACUGGAGGAAGAGAACCCCCCUUAUGACCCUAGAACGAUCGUUCGGCCCGAGGCCUUCAAAUUAUAUUGGGGCUCUGAGGAAGACCGCAAGAUGUACAACCGUCGUCUCCGCCGGUCAGUUCAGCAGUCUGUUGAGUAA